AUGCAUGACGUUAUUCAAUUCCUAGAAGAAAAAUUAGUGUUAAAUCCCAAAGAAUCCGAAGCUCUGCUGUCCACCCUCAACAACACUCAACUCAAAUUUCUCUACAACUUCCAAGACAACAUCAAGUCUGCCCCAUCAGCAAGAAGAUACAGUGACGAAAUUAAAGAAUUCGCAUUGACAUUGUAUUUCUAUUCUCCCAGGGCAUAUAAAUAUGUCAGGUCUUUGGUUCCACUCCCCAAUCCAUCACUGAUUAGAAAGUGGUCUUCUUCAUUCAAGUGUGAUCCAGGCUUUAUUGAUGAGGCAUUCACAUCCUUUUCUCAGAAGGUAGCUCAAUCGAGUAAUGACAAAGAUUGCUGUUUGGUAAUAGACACAAUGUCUAUCCGAAAACAAACCAUCUGGAAUCCAGAAAAAGACUCGUACUCGGGAUUUGUAGACUUUGGAAAUGAGAUUCCUAAUGAACAUCCAGAAAAAUUGGCUACAGAAGCUUUGGUUUUUCUUCUGGUAGGCACCAGAAGUCAUUGGAAAUAUCCAGUCGGAUACUUCUUGGCUGAUAAAGUGAAUGCAAAGGACCAAGCAACACUGGUAAAAAAUGUGUGGUCAGUAACAGCUGAUGGCACAGCUGUUAACAUUAGUACAUUCGAAACACUGGAGUAGGGUAUAUUUCUUCCUUAUAGCGCAAAAGAAAAAAAAGACUUUAAAAAAGAAUUCAAUUUUUUUUUUAAAAAAAGUCCUCAAGAAAAAAGUCCUCGGGACAAAAAUCCUCAGGAAAAAAAAGUCCUCAAGAAAAAAGUUUGCAGGAAAAAAAAGUCUUGAAAAAAAGUCCGCAGGAAAAAAAGUCUUAAAAAAGUCUUGAAAAAAAGUUGUGGAAAAAAAGUCUUUGAAAAAAGUCCGGGGGAAAAAGUUCGCGGGAAAAAGUCCGGGGGAAAAAAAGUCUUGAAAAAAAAUUUUUUGUGCAAGAAGAAAAAAAAUUUUUUUUUGGAGUGAGUUCAAAAAAGUUAAUUUUCCAUUUUUUUGAACCUAUGGAAAAAAUAACUUUUUUCAUAGAAAAAAUGUGAGUUCAAAAAAGUUAAUUUUCCAUUUUUUUGAACCUAUGGAAAAAAAUAACUUUUUUCAUAGAAAAAUGUGAGUUCAAAAAAGUUAAUUUUCCAUUUUUUUGAACCUAUGGAAAAAAUAACUUUUUUCAUAGAAAAAUGCGAGUUCAAAAAAGUUAAUUUUCCAUUUUUUUGAACCUAUGGAAAAAAUAACUUUUUUCAUAGAAAAAUGCGAGUUCAAAAAAGUUAAUUUUCCAUUUUUUUGAACCUAUGGAAAAAAAAAAUGGGUAUAAGAUAAAAGGCUCACAAGUAUUUAUAGGGGAGUGAAUUUAGCAUUGGGGAAGAGCCGACGGCAAUCGUUGGAAGAUUCUCUUCCCCUAGGUUUUCUUUUCUGUAUGCCUUCAUUUUUUUUUCCGUAAUCGAAAAAAAAUAUAUAUCCCGAUACUUUUUUGAAAGUAUCGGGAUUUUUUGCAUCUAAUAAAUGAAGGUAUAUAGUAGCAAAGAAAACCUCCCGUUUUUGCGUCGCAUGCAUGGUUUGAUGGUUGCGAACGAUCGACGGGUUGAAAAAGAGCGUGUUGAUUUGGAAAGAAAAAGAAAGGCAAAGAUUGUCGAAGAAAAGAGUUGGGAAAAAAGUAUUGCGAAAGAAGAAAGUCGUCGUCGCGGCGUGUUGCGUCGGGAAAAGGCUGCGGAGAAGAGGCGUGCGUCGGCUGAAAAGAGACGUGUUCGCUAGGAGGCUAUUCGUCGAAAACAAUCAACCGAGACGAUCGUUCAACGGGAUCGUCGUCUUCGUCGUAACGAACGUGCGCGUGUGAGAAAUGCAGAAAAACGGGAAGCGGCGAGAAGAUAUUUUGAAUUGACUCCCGUUCUGGAUGAUUCGGCAAUUCGUGGAAUGGUGCGUCGAUAUCGUAUCGAACCGACGACUGCAUACGAUCCCAUUCCGUUUUUGGAAGCAGUUCGUCCUAGAGUUCGCGAACUUUUAGACGAAUUACGCGGAAGUCGAUCUCGAAACAUCCGUUUGGAAUUUGUAUGUUUGAUGGGAAAGGAAUUGGAGGGUGGACGAGAAGAAUUGAAAGAAGUUUCGUUCAUAACGGGUAAUUUUAAACUUCACGGUGUGGAUACGUUAACGGAUGAGAUUUGGGGAAAAAUGAAGGAUAAAAUAUUAGAAGAGUUUUCGCGUUAUCAAAAAGGUGGAAGUAAUUUCGUGGUAAAAAGAGUUCAACGUUUAUUUGUUCACGUUGGCAGAUUCAUUCCAUUUCGUGGAAGAGGUCCUUCGAUCCCUCUCCCCGAACAUUUAAGGAAAAAGCGUUCGUUGAUCACGAUGCAGAAUACGGACGACGAAUGUUUCAAGUGGGCGACGACGCGAUUUUUGAAUCCGGUGGAAAAAGAUCCGGGUAGAAUUACGAAGAAACUUUGUAAACAGGCGGAGGAGUUAUAUUGGAAGGGUGUUGAAUUUCCAACGCCGAUCGAUGGAAAAUCCAUCGAUAAUUUUGAAAAAAAUAACGGUGUAAACGUGAACGUUUUUUCGUGGGACGAAGACGAUGGAUUUCAUCCGAUACGAAUCAGUAAAAAAUUUUCGUCGGGUGGAACGACAACGAUUUCGUGAACGAAGUCGUCGAAAAAGUUCGCGAUUUUUUCAAAAAGACGCACGAUCUCAUUCCCAUGGAAAAAUUAUCAUGCAAUCAAGAAAAUUCCCACCGAUCGAAAACAAAAUGUCAUGUGUGUCGUCGUGAAUUUUGCGUGGGGAACGAAGAAGAAUUUGAGAGAGGGGAAGUGAAUAUAUUAAUUCCAAGGGUUCGCAAGGUUCACGAUCAUUGUCAUUUCACUGGAAAAUAUCGCGGUGCCGCUUGUAACGCGUGUAAUUUGGCAGUGUGUGAGCCCGAUUUCGUUCCGGUGUAUUUUCAUAAUUUAGAGGGAUACGAUGCGCAUUUGAUCAUUCAUGCGUUGGCAAAAAUUCCGGGUAGGUUUAAAUGUAUUUCCAGGACCGAACAGAAUUACAUAUCUUUUGAAAAAGGAAUUUUGGUGGGUCCUUUUAGGGAUGGGAAAUCGGGCGGGGAAUAUUACGAGACGGUAUGGAUUCGAUUUUUAGAUUCAUGCAAGUUGAUGCAAUCGUCGUUAGAUAAGUUGGCGCAGGGAUUAAACAAAAAGACGGAUUUCGUUCAUCUGGAUCGUCAUUGUGAUGUAAUGGGGUAUACGAGGAAACAACGAGAAUUAUUGAAGCAGAAGGGUGUUUAUCCGUACGAGUAUAUGACGGAUCAUAAAAAAUUGGACGAACGAAAGCUUCCUCCGAAGGAAAAAUUUUAUAGUGGAUUAACGGGUGAAGAUAUAUCCGACGACGAUUACGAACGUGCAAAAAUCGUGUGGAAAAUUUUUAAGAUGGAAAGCAUGCGUGAUUAUCACGAAUUAUAUUUGGUGACGGAUACGUUAAUUUUGGCAGACGUGAUCGAAAAUUUUCGUAAGAAAAGUCGUGGUACUUACGGAUUAGAUCCUCCGUGGUUUUACACGGCACCGGGAUUAUCGUGGGAAGCGGCAUUAAAAAAGACGGGUGUAAAAUUAAGAUUGAUUUCCGAUCCGGAAAUGUUUAGAUUUAUCGAACGUGGAAUUCGUGGUGGAAUCAGUACGUCGGUGAUGCGUUACGGAACGGCUGACAAUAAGUACGUUGGAAUUUCUAAAAUUCCCGACAAGAUCAUCGAAAUGAUGUGUGACUUGGAUUCAAAAAUCAGGAACGAUCCGUCCGAGAUUGAUAAAAAAGUUUUGGAUUUUGAGAACGAGGUCUGUAAUUUUUUAUGGGAUUAUAGUCAAGAGGAUGACGAUCAAAUUAUGACGUACGUUUCCAAAAAUUUAGUGCGAUGGGUGACGAGUCUUCGUUAUCGUGAGAAAGAGGAUGAUUCCACCUUCAUUCCGUAUUUGGAUGCAAACGGAUUGUAUUCCGAGGCGAUGUUGCAUCCGUUACCGUACGACGAUUUCGAAUGGAUGAAAGACGUUGAAAAAGAAUGGGAUCGUCUUCCGGAAGGAAAGGGUUGUUUUUUAGAAGUGGAUUUAGAUUAUCCGGAAGAACUUCACGAUCUUCACAACGAUUGUCCGCUCGCUCCCGAAAGAAUGUUGACGAAGAGCGGUAUCGAAAAAUUGGCACCGAAUUUACGGAACAAAAAGAAUUACAUUCUUCAUGUGGAAAACUUAAAGUUUUAUCUCGAUCACAGUUUAAAAUUAUUAAAAAUUCACGGAGGUUUAAAAUUUUCAGAACGUCCGUGGCUGGCGGAAUAUAUCCACAUGAACAUCGAACUCCGUAAGAAAGCGACGACAGAAUUCGAGAAAAAUUUCUACAAAUUAAUGUGUAACGCUAUUUUUGGAAAGACGAUGGAGAAUGUGAGAAACCGUACGGAUAUCCGUUUGGUAAACAACGACAAGGAUUGGAAUAAGUUGGCAAGGAAAUGGAAUUUCAAAAAAGCGACGAUCUUUUCAGAAGAUUUGGUGGCUACCCACAUGGGAAAGACGGAAAUUUAUUUGAAUAAACCUAUUUAUGUGGGUGCGGCAAUUCUGGAUCUGAGUAAGAUUCACAUGUAUAGAUUUUUCUACGAUUAUUUGAAACCUAAAUUUGGAAAAGAUAUAAGAUUGAUGUACACGGAUACGGAUUCGUUCAUCUUGUACGUGAAGACCAACGAUUUUUUCAAGGAUAUUUCGAACGACGUGGACGAAUGAUUUGAUACGAGUAAUUUUCCCAGCUCGCAUCCUUCGGGAAUUCCGUGUGGAAAAAAUAAGAAGGUGUUGGGUAAGAUGAAAUUCGAGACGGAAUCGGAUCAGAUCGUCGGCUUCGUGGGAUUGCGUGCGAAACUGUAUGCGUACAAAUUGGAAAACGAUAAGGAAGGAAAAAGGGCGAAGGGAAUUAAAAACGCAACGAUUAAAGGAGAAACAAUGGCGCGAGAUGGACGUGAUUCGUAGCUACGAACAUCAUCUUCACACGGAACGAAUUACGAAAGUGGCGUUAUCGUCGGACGACGAUAAACGUUACAUUUGUAAGGAUGGAAUUCGUACGUUGGCGUGGGGGCAUCAAAAUAUUCCGGAAGGAAGAGAUAAUAUUACAGGGGGAUUGUGA